AUGAGAGAGCAUUAUUUCUGGAAAAUGCAAGGUUUGUAUAGAGUGGUAGCGGUGGCGAUGGUGAUGUUUGUGGGGUGGGCCACAAGAGAGGCCCAUGCGACAAAGCAUGUGGUCGGGGGAAGCGACGGCUGGGAUGUGACUGCUGAUCUCGACACAUGGACAGCUGGCCAGACAUUCAGGGUUGGCGACGAACUUGUUUUCAAGUAUACACCCGGCCUGCACAGCGUGGUUGAACUAGCGAGCGAGAAAGACUACAACAAAUGCAACAUGAAUAAUGCAUUGGACUCCUUGAACGGCGGUACCACUGUGGUGAAGUUGGACAAACCGGGGUACCGCUACUUCACAUGUGGGACAGUGGGCCACUGUGAUGAAGGGAUGAAAUUGAAGGUCAACACUCUCACAGGGAAUGGAACUGCUUCGUCUUCACCUGCUUCUGCUUCCACUUCUUCAGCCACACUCGCCCAUGAUAUUGCUUCAUCUGUUAUCAUGGGAGUAUCUGUUGGUUUUGGUUUGAUUGGUUUGGUUUGAAGCCGUUUCGUCUGGCUAUUGGCUUUUUGGAGAUUAUUGUAGUUGUGCUGAGAUUGUAUUGGGAUUUUGAAUGUUAUUUAUUUUUUAAAAUUUUUGCAU